UGUGCGUGCGUGUGAAAAUGGCGUUGCAUAUUCACAAAGGUUUGCUUCAAGGUUUCAUUCAGUGCAUGUAUGACGAGGGAUUUGUAAAUGACCAGUUCUGGCAACUUCAAAUGAUGAAGAGCAGCCGUAAUCAACCGGAUUAUGUUGUCAGAGUUGUCACUUCCUAUUGCUCGUCUGCCCAAACUUUGUUCUCUCAGUUGACCCAUCACAUCAACCAAGAGAAUGUUGAUUUUCUACAAGUCAAGGUUAGUGCUCGUGAAUUGUACGACAAAUCGAGCAGUGUUGGUGCUGAGCAUGUCAAACUUGCAUGUGCUGAACUUCUUGUUGCUUGUGAGGGGCAUGAUAAAGAGUAUUGCUCCAAGGCUUUGUAUUGGACUAAGAAUGAAUUUGCCCACCUGAGAAGAAAAUUUGAGACUCUUGUCCAGUGCAGAUGGAGAGGAAGAUCAUUGAUCUUGAAAGUGCACCUUGAAGGAAACUGAAACCUAUCUGAAGGGGUCCCAUAUGAUAUUCCCAGCUAAAUAAUGUCUUGAGUGAAAAUCUGAAAUGUAGUCUCAGGUUUGGACUAGAGAAUUUGAUGGAUACAUCAACUUUGUUAUAUGUGGUCUAUCUAUAUCUAUAUGUUAACUUGACAUCACGUUUGGGAAGUUGGUUAAAAUC